GCGGGGAUGGUGUGGGGGGGCUGUAGGGGGGACGCACUGAGAACACGGCGGUGAAUGUCCUCUGCAAACCGUACCGCGCUGGACCCGGGCCGAGCGGUUCCGAGCCCUGAAGCCUGUUUGCUGGUGUGUGUGCUUAGAUUCACAGGUGCAGUGACUUUAAAUCUUGAGUGCAAGGCCAUGGCUGAGAAAGGCCUCAUAAGCACCAGCAUGAACUUCCGCUACGGAGACCUGGCCUCCGAGGUGACCAGGCGCAGAGUCACCAUGCCCACCAGAGAAGAGAUAUUAACCCCAACAAGUGAUGAGGCCGGGGAGAUACUCUCAGAUGUGGAUCCGGAACCCGUCCCCCCUCCUCCUAGUGCAGCCAGCCCCGAAGUACCCCCAGCCCCUCCUCCCUCUCCGGCUGAGGACCCCAGCAUCUCCUAA